AUGACAUGGACAUUCAAGCCCGCUUCAGAGGCACGUGAGAGGGCGAGUAGGAGCAACCGUGGAUCCGCAAACGACGCCGGAGAACCGCGAGUGGUGGAUCUUGCCGAAGACGACGACGAGCUGUACGAAGAUGCGGACGAUGUUACUGAGUGUCACGGCCUGGAUGCGAUCAGAGAAGACAGAUCGUCGCAGGACGACGAGGAGGACAGCGACGAUGAAAACGAGGAGAACAGCGACGAGGGGGGCUCUGACGAUGAGAACGAGGGGGUUGGGGAGGAGGUGGUGGUGGUGGAAGGAAAGGUGCGAGAGGUGAAGCAGCAACUUCACAGAAGCGGCCGCUCUGAGGCGCCUGCAGACGCUGGGCUGGACGAUUUGAAGUGCCACAGCUCAAUCGUCGACUUUUUCCGCAUUCAGCGCCCCCCUGGCCUCACACCUGAGAAAACACCUGCCGCGGCCGGCGGAAGCGCCGCCAAACCUGAUGUAACCCCUGCUAAUGAGGUACGCGGAAAGAAACCUGUCGUCGCGGGGAGCAGCGAGGGAGAUAGCAGCGGGCAGAGCAGCGGAGUUACCACACGGCGAACGGAGCACAGCCGACAAGCAUCAAGCGGCGUCGUAUUGGGUGCUGGUGAUGCGGCGGCCGGCGGUGGUAGGAGUAGGAGCAGGAGCAGCGCAGAUGCUGACUGUAGGAGCGUAGGAGCUAGUCAGACUCGCAGCGUAGAUGCUGCUAUGAUUAGCAUAGGCGGUAGCUCUAGAAACGUAGGUGCUAACUCUAAAGACUUAGGUGCGAGUAACCCUAGUAACACAGGCGCUUCUGCUAGUAGCGGUUUGGGCGCCUGCAGUGGCAGUUUGUGCAGAACGAAGCGCAACAGCACCGCCAGCAGAAACGCAACGGCUGGUGGCGGCAGUAAUAACGGCGGGAGUGGAAACGAGAGCAUGGUAACAGACACUAGCGGUUCUAGGUUAACUUCUAAUUCAGGCACCGGCAGCAUCGCUUCCCACGCCAGCAACAGCGGCGGGAAAAGGAGAGUCCCGAGCAGUGGCAGCAGCGGCAGGAGGAAGAGGCAGACCCGAGUGAAGCUGAGUAGAAAGCUGUUCCCCCAUCGGCCUGUCCCGGAUCCUGAGAGACGCCUGGAGCAGCUUAGAUCCCUAGCCACCGCUCUGACAGCUAUUGGGGCGCGGUUCGUGGAUGGGCUGGAAUACCCCUUUAAAGCCGUGCCUAGGGGGAUGAACGAGCCCGGGAGGGAGGUGGGGGGAAUGCAGGUGCUGAGCCGGGAGAACGUGGGUGUUUUGGAGCGGUGCAAAGAGAUGUGGAGGGACGGAGCGCCUCCACCGCUGAUUGUCAAGCACGACCCUUGCCAAGGCUUUGUAGUGGAAGCGGAUGCGCCUAUAGCGGAUCGCACGAUCGUCACGGAGUAUGGCGGGGUGGUUGACAGCAUGGCGCGGAGGCGGCACGAUCCGUGCGAUGCCAUGAUGGGGUUGCUGUUCACGGGGCGGGAUAAGACGGAUCUCGUCAUCUGCCCGGAUGAGGCGGCAAACUUUGCACGGUUCAUCUCGGGAAUCAACAACCACACCAAGCCUGGUCUGCUCACUGCUUUCAAGAAAAGCAUCACUCUCGCUCUUGCCCUCACUUGGGUCCUCCCUUUGUCCCCUCCUGCAUUUCAUGUCCCCUAUCCCACUCCUCCCUCUUCCUCCAGGGAGGGUCGCAGGAAGAUCAAUCUGCGCUGUGUGCGCUUCAGUGUGAAUGGGGAGGCCCGGGCGCUGCUGAUUGCCACGAGGCGGAUUGCCAAGGGCGAGAGGCUUUACUACGAUUACAACCGACUCGUGCAUGAGUAUCCCACCAUGCACUUCGAGUGA